AUGGCAAACCAGAAAUCGAUACGGAUCAAGGAUGACGAGGCCAAUGGUAGCCCCGCCAACGGCGACGCUGCCAACGGCGACGAUAGCGAAGCACAGGGCAAGGCGACCGCGCAGCCUCGGCGCAGCAUGACGGCCAGCCGGCGCGACCGCCGCUCGAAGCGCUCCUCGUCCAAGCAUUCCCCCUCCGAGCCAGAAGAGAAGCCUGCCUUUGACGUCCUCAUCUCGUGCCGCACCGCCGACCCCAUCUCGGACGCCCACAGCCGCGACAUCGACCAGCUGCCCUCUCACUGGCAGCCGACGUUCAUUUCGAACCUCAGCCGCGCCGCCUCCCAGGGCCUCGGCGCCCUCAACCCGGAUCAGCAGCAGGAGGAGCACCGCCGCUUCGAAGAGACCCACAAGCCCAGCGGCUCAUGGAAGCGCCGCGUCUUUCGCCCGGCGCAGGAGCAGAGCCACACCGACAGCCUGCUCCCGCGCCUCGCCUUCAAGAACCCAUGGGACAGCUUCCGCGCGCCCGGCAUCGCAGACAUGCUCAACGGCGGCUUGAAGUGGGGCCUGCCUGAGGGGUACCAGGAGGGCGGAAGCCACAACCGGGUGCUUGGCAACAAGCCGUCGGCCGCCAAAAAGGUGCGCAGGCAGCAGGGGCAGGGCAUCCAGCAUGGUCUCGACGAGGACUGGGACCACGUCGAGGUCAGGGAGCCCGACUGGGGCUGGCCCGGUCGCUUCGAUGUCGCCAAAGCGGCGGCGGCGCCGAGCAACGACAAGGCCGGUGCAGGCGACAAGGAUGAUGCGGCGAACGGCACCGCCGAGCCCAACGGCGACGCUAGCAAAGGCCAGCCGUCCGCUGGCGGGGACUCGCCGACGUCGCCCGUUUCCGCGGAAGCGCCAAACGACGUCCCGGAAUGGGUCGACCCGCAGAACGACAACGUGCCGGCGGCGCGCGUGACCUGGCUCGGGCAUGCCACCACCCUACUACAGCUGCCGUCGCUAGGCCACGAAGACCCAGACCCGGAGCCAGAGCACGAGCCGGCGCACGCGGUCGAGGCCGACGCGCAGCCUGCAAACGGCGGAGAGGCCGACGAGACGCACAAAGACGAAGCCGAUACCGACGCACCAGCGUCUGACAAGCCUGAUGGCGAGCCGCCGGCCAAAGCUGGCAAUGGCGACGUCGGCGGCGAUGGCAACAGCAGGCGCCACAGUCACGGCCACAAACAGCGACCGCGCCGCAUCCCCCGCGAGCGGAUCGGCGACCGCAGCAUCAACAUCCUCUUCGACCCCGUCUUUUCGGAGCGCUGCUCGCCAUCGCAGAGCGCGGGUCCGCAGCGGUACACGCCGGCGCCGUGCCAGGUCGACGAGCUGCCGCCCAUCGACAUCGUGUGCAUCUCGCACUCGCACUACGACCACCUCGACUAUCUCACCAUGAAGGCGCUGCGGCAGCGGCGCGGGCGUAAGGUGCACGCCUUCGUCGGCCUCGGGCUCAAGGACAAGAUUGUCGAGUUCGGAUGGAGCCCGGAGCAGGUGAGCGAGCUCGACUGGUGGGACAGCGCGGUGCUGCAGGUGCACGAGCCGCAGGUGGCCAACGUGUUCAGCAACGCCUCGUCGACGACGGUGGCCACGACGGGCGUCGGCGGCGACGCGGCCGAGGCGGCGGCGGGCGUCGUCGAGAGCAAGCUCGUCUCCAAGAUCCGCCAGGACCGCGCCAAACUGCGAAUCGUAUGCACGCCGGCGCAGCACGGGUCGGGGCGGGGCGGCGACAAGGACCAGACGCUGUGGUGCAGCUGGGUGGUCGAGUGGAUGAGCGGCCGCCACGCGGCGCAGCCGUCGACCGAGGAGCGCAUCCCUGCCACGUUCCGCGCCUUUUUCGCGGGCGACACGGGCCUCAAGUACCACCGCGACAGCGUCGAAAAGCGCCACAAGUACCCGCCGUGCCCGGCCUUUGAGCAGAUUGCCACGCGCAUCGGCCGGCCGGACCUGCUGCUGCUGCCCAUCUCGGUCGGUUCCAGCCUGUCCUACUUUCGCAGCUGGGACCCCUUUCCGCGCAGCAUCAGCCCGUUCCCGCGCGUCUCGGCGGCGCUCACGAGCAGCAUUCAUAUGGACCCCUACGACGCCGUCGAGACGCACGAGAUCAUGCGGGGUGGCGGUGCUGCGGCUCGCGACGAGGCCAAGCAGCGCGGCCGGCGACUUCCCGUCAGCCUCGCAGUCCAUUACGGCACGUUCGUUCGCAACGCGCACCAGACUGCGGCCGACGUGCGGCAGCUGCUCAGCGCGUGCCAGCGCUCGCGGCUGGCUUUCCGACGCACGCGCGACGGCCGCUUCGACCUGUCGUCGACCAAGGCGAGCGACGGCGGCGAGGACGGCGAAAAGGGCAUGUUUCUCGUGUCGCACCAGGGCGAGACGGUGUGGGUGCCGUUUGUGUGGGAGGAGCCGUGGACGGCCCCCGCCGCCGCUGCACCGCCACAGCAACCGCAACAGCAACAGCGACAGCAAGAGCAACAGCAACAGGAGCAGCAACAGGAGCAGCAGCAGCACAAGGAGUAG